AUGGAACAAAUUUUUCUUGAAUAUGAACAAGAAAAAAUUGAUUGUUCAUCACUAUCAUCACAAAUUCAAACAACACUUGCGAUUCAUUUUACAUUUUGUCAUUUAAAUUCAACUGGUAUUAAUCCUAAAGCUAUAUGUUCUUUUACAUCAUUUGAAAGAAAUAUACAUGAAUGCUUGAAAAAUAUAACGAAAAAUUCAUUUGCUUAUUUAACUUAUACAAAUUUUAUUCCACAUAUACAAAGUAUUUGUUAUGCAAUUGAAACACAACAAUGGCAUAAUCAUGUUCGAAAUACUGUUUUACAAAUAAAUAUACAUUCGAAUCAAAUUGAAACUGAAACAAAACAAUUAUUAAUUGCACAAGAAACAAUGCAAGCUAGUCUUGAUCAAGCACUUAUUAUAAAUCAACAUUCUAUUGAUGAUGCACUUAAUGUUGAUCGAUUUCUUCAAGUAGCUCAAACAGAUGUAGAUGAAUUACAAGGACAUUUGUAUGUCAAAGAUAAAGCACAAAUUGAACUUAUACAACAAAUAUUAGAAAUACUUUUUAAUAUUCAAACAUCUUUGUUUACGGAUGCAUUUGGUUUAAGUUCAUAUUUUUUCUAUGCAAUAUCACUUAUUGGUAUUCAUAUAGUGACAAUACCUGAACGAACAAGUGAUUCAAAAUUUUGGUUAAUACUUUUAUGGCUCUGUUUGAUUGGUAUAGAACGUUAUAUGCUUAUUUUUUCUUCAUAUUCUCAAAUAAUUCUUUAUGAUGCAUUAUGGCGUUUUCGUCAAUUAUGGCUUUUUGUGUCUUGUAUAACAUUGGCUUAUCAUGCUGUACGAUAUAGAAAUUAUUAUAAAGAAAAUCAGAAAUUAAUUGAUGAGAUUAAUCAUAAACACAAAAAACUGGAAUUAGCUGCUAGAAAAUGUUUACAUGUUAUCAAUCAAUUGAAUAUUACUAAUGAUUCUAUCUCUGAUGAUGUCAUAAGUUGUUCAUCUGAAAACAAUGAUAUGUCUACAUCAAGUUCUUUGACUGAUGAUGAAGAAAGAUAA